AUGUGUUACUAUGGCAGCUACUAUGGAGGCCUGGGCUAUGGCUUUGGAGGCCUAGGCUAUGGCUAUGGCUGUGGCUAUGGCGGCUAUGGUUAUGGCUGCUGCCGCCCCCUGUGCUGUAGAAGGUACUGGUCCUGUGGCUUCUACUGA